GCUUGUCUAGUUGUGAAAUCUGUGUCCUGUGCGCUGGCGUUUUUUCAGUUUUGCGUCAACGAAAAUAGUUGAAUUCGUGCUCAAAAAUAAACGCGGGGCGGCCAGCGGUAGCGGUAGCGGUAGCCGUACGGUAGCGGUAUUGUCAAGCGGUACAAAAGCACACACAUCCACAUCCACACACGUACAUACGCAGGAAAAAAAGAAAAUAGAAGGAAAACAGGAAACGGAAAUCGCCCAAAAAAAGACGGUAAACAGUUUGAACGCCGACGCCAAACCGUUUUUACCGUUUUCUCGAGUGCGCGUAAUCCAAUUACAGUCCAAAAAAGUCACCGACGGCGGCCAGUUUGAAACCUUUCCUUAACUUCUUUGGCAACAUUUUUUUACUGUGCUUUUUUUCUCAGUUUUGUCAAAUAAUCGCGCCUAAAUCAAAUUAAUACGAAGAAAAAAUAUAUCAAAGCAAAAAACUAACCGGUCAACGGAAACAAAUUUAGAAAUAAAAGUGCAGUGAUAAACGAGAUAUUCGAAGAAAGCGAAUCGAAGCGAAAUACCAAGAAAAAUAAAAAAAAAAUAGGUCGCAAUCGAGCCGACCCAGUGCAUUUGAUAUUUGUUGAUGUCCUGCAUGCAGGACACGCGCUAAAGUUGUCCCAGUAAGUGCUUCAAAAUUUACUCGCCAACCACUUUCGACGCCUCCAGGGCGUUCAAGCUGGAGGAGGAUUUCGUCGGCGGCUGCAUGACAAUGUCGAUGUACUCGACGACGGAUAAAAUGAAAAUGUCAGCGCCCAGUUGUUUUCCAGGACGCUACAGUCCCUCCUAUCGAAGUUCGGAGCAAAUGCGUCGCUGCAUGCCAAAUCCAUCUAUUCACAUCUCAUCAUCUUGCGAUUCUAUCGAGAGUCGUUUAUUAGAAGAUGCUUCCCUAUUAUGCAAUUCGUGGUCAGCACGUCAGAAUGGUGAUAUCUUCGCGGGCAUCAACGAUGGCAUCCUCAGCAGAGCGGAGGCCCUGGCCGCCGUCGACAUCCAGAAGCAUCAAGCCCAGCAUGUACAUAGCCAAAUGCCCUCCCAAAUCAAGCACGACGUCAUGUACCACCAUCACUCCAUGAGUGGGCCCCCGCAACGUCCAUUGCAGGAAAAUCCUUUUUCUCGACAGAUGCACCACUCGAUGGACCAGCUGGACAUGCUGGAUCCGACGGGCUCGAUGACCACGUUGGCGCCCAUCUCGGAGUCCCCUCUGACGCCCACACACCAGCACCUGCACGGUUCCUAUCACAGCAUGAAUCACAUGAUGAGCCACCACCAUCCGGGCACGCUAAGUGGCCACACGGGGGGACACCAUGGACACUCAGCGGUACAUCAUCCUGUUAUCACGGCGGCGGUGGCAGCCGCUGGCCUGCAUCCCGACACCGACACCGAUCCUCGCGAGCUGGAGGCGUUUGCGGAGCGGUUCAAGCAGCGGCGCAUCAAGCUGGGUGUCACGCAGGCGGACGUGGGCAAGGCCCUGGCCAAUCUCAAGUUACCUGGCGUCGGCGCACUGUCGCAGAGCACGAUCUGUCGAUUCGAGAGCCUGACGCUGUCGCACAACAACAUGAUCGCCCUGAAGCCCAUCCUGCAGGCGUGGCUCGAGGAGGCCGAGGCGCAGGCGAAAAACAAGCGACGCGACCCGGACGCGCCCAGUGUCCUGCCGGCGGGCGAAAAGAAAAGAAAAAGGACUUCCAUUGCGGCACCUGAAAAGCGUUCCCUGGAAGCCUACUUUGCCGUGCAGCCGAGGCCAUCCGGUGAGAAAAUCGCUGCCAUUGCCGAAAAGCUGGAUUUGAAGAAAAACGUGGUGCGCGUCUGGUUCUGCAAUCAACGUCAAAAACAAAAACGUAUAGUUAGUAGUGUAACACCCUCAAUGACUGGCCACGGUUCGGCGGGAUUUGGAUACUGAUAGUCGUUUAUGACGGCAGCGGCGGCGGUAAACACGGCGGCAGCAGCUGGAGCGGCAGCGGCAACAUUGGGAACGGCAGCAACAUCGGCGUGUCUGGGCGACUAUUACCUUUAGUGAUUCUGAUUCUGGUUCUGAUCCUGAUCCUGAGUCCGAUUCCAAUACCGAUACUGAUACUGAUCCAGUUACUGAUCCUGUUCCUGUUCCACACACAUGUAGUAUUCGCAACGAAUCCAAUUGCCAUGCAGAAGCAGCAGCAACACCAGCAACACCAUCACAUCAACAGCAACAUGAGCAACUUCUCUCUAUAUCUUUCACUCAGUAAUCAACCAAGCAGCGGCGCAAAAUCGGCCAGAAUAAAUACUAAUAAUAGCAGCAUACACAACUAUAACAUUUAUAACCCCCCCACUCCAGUAUAUCGCCCGAUUUUCCUCCCAACCAUUCAGAGAAGCUACCCCCCAAAAAAGUGAACGGAGAACACAUCGGUUGCAUAUAAUAAACGAAACAAAAAUAAACAUGAAUGCUAAAUGAAUACCAAGAAAUAAAAGAAUUUUUUUAGGAACGAAUAAUGAAACAAUGGACCAACAUAUCAAAUGCAAUAAUUUAUUGAAUUGUAUAAAAGAAAAAG